GUCUGAGUUGCUCCCAUGCCUCGGCUGACAGUCAUCCACACGAAAGGUCAGGGGGGUACGGGACAGGGAGGGGGAGAGGACUGGGACUGUAAAUGGAUGGAGGAAGUAAAAGAGGAUGGAGAGGGAGAACCUGCCGAGCGGAGCCGAAAACUGCUGAGUUCAAAUCAAAUGCCAGCUGAUGGUCAGCCACAUCUCACAUUUUGGUCCCAGGCCCUGCGGACACUGCGACCCUGGAAAGGUUGGUGCAGUUUUGCUCCAGUAGGUGUAGUGUGGUUACUCCACCAGGUGGAGGCGCCGCUGCGCCCCUCUGUGUUACUGAUAGAUGUGUGCUGGAGGCUCCUGUUGGUGUGUUCACUGUGGAUGGUUCUGGGAGUCUGUGUUUAUGCCCUGAAGUACUGCCUGCGGCCAGGACAGAAACAGGUGGAGCCUCCACAGACGAUACAGAAGGAGGUUGUGACUGAGAACAGGAAUAGCCAGGUAUCAUGGGUGUCCCAGUCGAGGAGCCUGACCCUCCAGCUUCCUCUGGCCCUUGCCCUGGCCAACAGCCUGCUGCUGUGUGUGCUCCAGGAGCCCCUUCCAGACCCCAGUGUGCCCCACAUUCAGGCUCUCCUCUCCAGGCUGGAGUCAGUGUCUCUCACACUUGAGGAGGCUGAUACUGGAUCAGAGGUGACUCUGGAGGAGGUGGACCAAGACUCCACACUGAUAGAGAAAGUGAAGCUCAUCUGCACAUUCCUACAGCAGAGGAUGAGGUCGCUGCGUGCUCUUGUCCAGGUGCAGGGGGAUUUCGAGGCCAGUGUGAAGGACAUGCUGGAGGGCCUAGAUGGCCUCUGGGCUCAGCUGGAGGAGCUCCACACCGGGGUCACGCUAACCAAAGAGGGGAGUCAAGGCCACGGAGACCUGGCUGCAGCCUGCACAGACGCAGAGAACUUGUUUGCAGUCCUGGGUCACUAUAGGAACAGACUUCAGUGCUGCCAGACUUAUCUGAAGAACAGCACACAACUACUCCAGGAGUUAACCUGGAGUCACACUCACAUAAGCAACAGUGUGAGCAGCAGCAUUGAGUCAGUCUGGCCAGAGCUGUUGCUUCAGUCCAACAUUGAGCAGUUUGACAAGGUGCAGGAGGGUUUCCUCUCCCUGGAACAACAGACCUCUACGUUCCAGGCCCACCUGGAGGGACUUAGAAAGCAGAAUAAGGAAGGACAUGCUAAUGGGUCUAAUUCAUGCUCAGCCUCUCCACAGACUUCCCCGCAUCUCCGUAAUAGACGCACAAGUGAUAUAUCACUUGAACAUUGUAACUCAACCUCUGCUUCGUCAGUGGAAGAAGACACAGAAACAGACACUCCUCUCUCACUGUGUGAGAGGUCGGCCUUACAGUUCUCCUCCACUAUUGGACGCUUAAGUAAAUCUGGAAGGAGGAAGUGAUUUUUAUCAAAAUGUACUCGGCAUAUGCACAGGGGUGUAGUGUUGAAGUACAGGAGUUGCACCUAUGACAUGUAAAUUUCAAAUUUUCUAAGGUUAUGUAACCACUGUUCUAUGUUUACAUACAUUCAUCAACUAUAACUGACCACACGAUCAAAUGUUAGACUGACUUUAUGAAUAGUUCAUAAAGUCAACUCAUUUAUUUACAUAAAGAACAUGUUACAGUAAUACGGCCACGGGGGAUUAUGUCCAUGUUUUUUCAAUAUCUUAUUGGUCAAAAGACUAUUUUAUGACAGACUGGAGCUAAUAAUCAAGCCAAUUUUGUAAAUAAUUUAGUUGCCAUGCAGCUUUGUUACACCCCAACACUGAUAGACUCUAGUGUUAAUAGCAAUGAAAAGGCUUUAAAUAAGUUUGAAGUUCUUUUAUUCUUUUUAUUAGUAUCAUUUUGUAAUUUAUGGACAGCAGGCUAUUAGAAGAAACAAUUGACUGUUGAUGCACUAUAGUCAGCGAUAUUUUAUAUUUUAGAGUCAAGAAUGAAAUGCUGCAUAAGAAUUUAUUAGAAAAAAAAGUAAAUACUGCAAACAAUUGGCCGAUUUAAACACACUGUA